UAUAUUCAGUUUUGGAAGCAAACAGAACCAGCUGUUCCGGCUCACACAGCCACAGCCAGGUAGGUAGGGGUUUAGGAGAAGCCGCAAACCCAGCAAAAAACAGAUUCCGGAUUCUACCACCUCCGGAACUGAAACCCCACUCCUCCCGUCGGCGGCCAACCACCUCAAAUUCUCCACCUCCGUCCCCAAAUCUCAAGUGCUUGCUGAUUCUUUUGUGAAGCGCGCGGCGGCGAUAUCUUGGGAUUUCGGCGCGGUCCGGCCUGAGUCGCUCGUGAGCUGCAGGCGUGCCGCGGUCCGCCUUCUUCCCCGCCGCCGCCAUCGCCGUUCCCGUCCUACAAACCAACCUCCGAAUUUGCUGGGUGUGCACCGGCACGCCAGGCACGGCAUCUGGAUCCGCCUCUGCGUGCCAUUCAGCUCGCUGGGAUGGCGACGCAGCUGCCCUGCUUCACGCAGCUCACCCCGCCGUCGCCGGGAUGGAGAAACGAAGCCGGGAGCCUCGGGGCUGCAUCUGGGAGGGCAUUGGUCAGAAGCGUUCCAUUUUCAGGUCACUCUCGCUUCAGGUGCCGCGCAACCCCACGCAGCGCUAACUCGUUUCAGAAGAAAGACUCCUUCCUGGACCUUCACCCGGAGGUGUCCCUGCUCCGAGGCGAGCAGAACGACGAGGCUAUUAACCCAAGGAAACCUUCUUCUGGUGGGAGCACGUUGGAGGGGCUGGGGGUGCCGCCGAGCCAGGACGAUUACAACGCCGCCAAGAUCAAGGUCGUUGGAGUCGGGGGUGGGGGUUCAAAUGCUGUCAACAGGAUGAUUGAGUACUCCAUGAAUGGUGUCGAGUUUUGGAUCGUGAACACCGAUGUCCAGGCGAUAAGGAUGUCCCCGGUGCAUUCCCAGAACAGGCUGCAGAUUGGGCAGGAGCUCACUCGGGGUCUGGGUGCGGGUGGGAACCCUGAUAUUGGGAUGAAUGCUGCCAAGGAGAGCUGUGAGUCCAUAGAGGAAGCACUUCAUGGUGCUGACAUGGUUUUUGUCACGGCAGGAAUGGGUGGGGGAACUGGAACUGGAGGUGCCCCUGUAAUUGCUGGAAUUGCCAAGUCCAUGGGUAUACUGACAGUGGGUAUUGUCACAACGCCCUUUUCAUUUGAGGGGAGGAGGCGGGCAGUUCAGGCUCAAGAAGGAAUAUCAGCCUUGAGAAAUAGUGUGGACACUCUCAUUGUCAUCCCAAAUGACAAGCUGUUGUCUGCUGUUUCUCCAAACACUCCUGUCACGGAAGCAUUCAACUUGGCUGAUGAUAUUCUUUGGCAAGGAAUUCGCGGUAUCUCUGAUAUCAUUACGGUUCCUGGGCUGGUUAAUGUUGAUUUUGCUGAUGUGCGAGCCAUAAUGCAAAAUGCAGGGUCAUCUUUGAUGGGUAUAGGGACUGCAACAGGCAAGUCAAGAGCAAGAGAUGCCGCUCUUAAUGCCAUUCAGUCACCACUGCUAGAUAUUGGAAUUGAGAGGGCUACAGGCAUCGUGUGGAAUAUCACUGGAGGAAAUGAUUUGACUUUGUUUGAGGUAAAUGCUGCAGCCGAAGUAAUCUACGAUCUAGUUGAUCCAAAUGCUAAUCUGAUAUUUGGUUCUGUCAUAGACCCAUCACUAAAUGGCCAGGUUAGCAUAACGUUGAUCGCUACUGGCUUUAAACGGCAGGAUGAAGCAGAAGGUCGCACCGCAAAGGGUGGCCAGCAAAUGCAAGGAGACAAUGGUCGACAUCCAGCUUCCACAGGUGGCAGCAAGGUGGAGAUUCCUGAGUUCCUUCGGAGGAGAGGGCCUUCUCGCUUCCCGCGAAUUUGACUCUUCUCCAGGGCUCCCUUUCUCAGAUAUGCCUGUUGAGACUCGCCCCUCGUAGAUUAGAUGCCCUCUUGUAAGAUACCAGACCUGUAGAGUCUAGCUGUUCUCCGUAGAGGUUUUACUUUUUUGUAGUUUUGUUUGAUCUUUCUGUUCUUUAUCUUGGAAUGUUGCUGCCAAUAAUGUGUAGCUGUGAGCGUAUCAGUGUUGUAGAAAAUGUUCUGCCUUCCUGGUGUGUCC